GGCGGAGCUAGUCAAUAUCAAAGUGAAUACUAACACUUAAUAGCAAACAAAAAGAGGCAAACAGCAACUGUGGUGAAUCUUCCAAAGACGAAACUUCGUGCGCUUUGGUUCGUACAGCAGUUUUCCGGAGCAGAAUCAUGGAGAGGUCCAAUCUGUGGGCUAGAGCCGUACUUUGCGCUGCGCUGCUGUUCAUCACUUGUGGUGCUGAAACGAGCGACUCAGAAAUUGAAACAGAUUUGGAAACAAGAAAUAUUCAAGAAGACUUCUAUCGACAAAGUCCGAAUCUGACGAACGAAAAACGUCUUCUUGGGGCUCUACACGAAGUUCUCGAAAAACUGCAGACCAAAAGAAUUAAUCCAUGGGAAAAGAAAUUUGGACAACUUCCCACGUGCGACCUGGGGGAGCAUUGCGCAGUGAGGAAAGGUGCUCGAAUCGGCAAAAUGUGCGACUGUCCACGAGGAGCUUUCUGCAACUUCUUUCUGUUGAAGUGCUUGUGAACUUAGGUUCAUCAAUGCACCUUUAUUGUUGGGUAAUAGUGU